UCGGUCAGCUGAGGAACUUCUGCCAUAUCAUCAAACUUUUAACCACCUUUUCUAAGCAGACUCAUUACUAAAGGACAAAAACUCAGUUCGUGUGGGAACCAAGCUAUUUCAAGAUGAGUGCUGCACCGUUUACGGUGGAAAUGAUCUUUGUCUUCCUUCUUACCCUAUGUCUUCUUCACCAGUAUGGAAACUGGCGAAAGCAACAUUGGCUUGUCACAACAGCAGUUUUUAUUUCUUGGUAUUUCUCGUUUCUCAUCGUCUUCAUCCUUCCUUUAGAUGUAUCAGGGACAUUUUAUAGGAAAUGUUUGUUUGAAGCUGGAUUAAACAUCAAUGAACAGAAGAGAGAUCUUGGCUCAAACUCAUCAAAAAAUAGCUCCGUUAAGAACUCCAGCAAGACGACUCCGUCAAGUGACUGUGAGAAGCCCUGGAGUUAUCUACCAGAGCACGUUCUUCCUGAUCUUUGGCGGGUUGUAUACUGGUCUUCCCAGAUACUUUCAUGGCUUAUCCUGCCUAUAAUGCAGUCAUACUCCUAUGCUGGAGAUUUCACUGUGCGUGGAAAAAUCAAAACUGCACUGUAUGAGAAUGCACUGUGGUAUGGCAGCUAUCUGAUCAUCUUUGGUAUCCUUCUUGUUUAUGUCAUCGUGAAACCUGAUAUUCAUUUAGAUGGAGCAAAUCUCCAAAUUCUUGGUAUCACUGCUUCUAAUACUUGGGGGCUACUUCUACUGGUAUUUCUGAUGGGUUAUGGAUUGGUUGAAGUGCCACGCACCACAUGGAAUACUGCCAGGCUAGAGCUCCAGAUGGCUCAUGCAUAUUUCAAGAUCUCAAAGCUGAGUGUUGAAAAAGAAGAAGCUGAUGAACAGUUUUCAGAAGUCUUAGAGGAGGUACAUCGUGCAUCAGAAGCCAUACGUUACAGGCACCCUCUUAGAAAGUACCUUGAAGUUAUUAUAAAAAAGUUCCCAGAGGAGUCAGGCUUCAAUAGAGGGACUGAUGACUAUGUUGAUUACGAGGAUUACCUUAGGGAGACUGGAAGUAAAAUCACAGAGACACACACUGAGAAAAGCUUGGUGAAACUUCACAAGAGAGUAAUCAUUGUCACUCACACUUCAAGACGGACACAUUGUCAGUGGAACAUGCAGCUUGAAAAGGUGUUUGAGUUGGAAGACUUAUCACGGAAUGCUGGUAGCAGUGAUAGACAUUACAAAUCAUCUUUAAAAGGGCCUGCAACUGGAAUCAAACCAGUUCUGGAGUGGUAUUGGCGUGUCUGGCUGUUUCCAUGGUUACUGCGCUUCACAGCAAUUCUUCUGUUUUUAUUGUCUGUGACUCUGGUGUGGUCAGAGGUGACAUUCUUCAAUGUUCAGCCAGUGUUGUCGAUAUUUGCACAGAUGAUACGCAGUGCUAGUAAAGGAUAUUAUUAUUUCUAUGUAGAGGUUAUAUCAUGUAUAAUCAUUUCAUACAUGUGUGUUUGUGUGUACUACACUGUAUUCAGAAUGAGGUUCUUCAACUAUUACUACUUUGCACCCAAGCAUCAGACGGAUCCAAACAGCUUGCUCUUCAGUGGAUUACUUCUAUGUCGCCUAACAUAUGCUUUAUGUCUUAACUUUCUUGCUGUUAUUCAUCUUGAUGGCCAUGUGACUGGGGAAGCAGAACCAGUAGAAACUUCCUUUACUAAAUUCAUGGGUCACAUGGAUGUACUGUCAUUAAUUUCCAAAGGAGUGAACAUGUACUACCCAAUGUGUGUUGUACUGGUGUGCCUGGCUACAUACUUCAGCCUUGGCACUAGAUGUUUAAACUGUCUUGGUUUCCAAACUUUUAUCAUUGAAGAUGAUCUGUCAGCAGAGUAUGUCAGUGAAGGAAAGGAUAUAGCACGAAGAGAGAGAAGAAAGAGAGAAAUGUUGACAGAAGAUGGCAGUAGAAAGGAAACUUGGUCAGAAAGAGCUGAGUCAGCAAAAAGAAAACUUACUCGUAAAUCAGAUCGUGAAGGCAGAGGACUCUCAAACAAGGAUCAUGCCACAUCUAGCACAAAUUUAACUGCAUCAGAUGGAAAUUAUGCAAGGUAUUCACGGUUCGAGCCUGAGAAUGAUCGUGUAGAGUUGCUGUCAGCUGCAGAUUAUGAUAUCAACAGUUCAGGAUCCAGUUAUGGUGGUGCCUCAGGUUAUGGAAUAUCUUCCUCUAGUCGAGCACCAAAGAACAUUUUUGAUGAUUUAUAGUGAUUGAAGAUUUUAGACUUAAUCUUGUCUUUGUGAACUUGAAAAUUGUAAAUGAAUGUGACAUUUUCCUCCUAGUUCUACCAGAGUCACCUUUUAGAAAAUAAGCAUUAUCAAAAAGUCUCAAAUGUCUUCCUUUUCUUAAGCUUCAUCCCUUUGUAAGGAAUUGUUUGUUUUGAUGAAUUGUCCUUUUGGGCAAUGUUGUUCAAAGCAAGAUCAAUAUAUAUUCUGGGCUAAGGGUCUUAGCUGUAACAGUUUUGGUCAUUUUUUUAACGGAUGAUUCCUGACUUGAUUCAAAUUACACUUGUGGUCCAGCAAAGAAACAAGAAUGAAUGAUAAAUUUUCAAUUACUAUUGACUUGAACUUUGGAGGAAAAAAAAGUUGGCUUAAGUUAUAGGGGUCAGUGUUGAAUUUCAAGGUUCUUGUUAAUAAUCAAGUAGGUAUUUUGGUUUUAUCAUGUGUUUGCUGUCAUUGGUCAUUUUUGAACAACAAAUUUGAAAUGUCAGUCUUUUCAUAAGGACUUAAAGUUAAAAAAUCUCAACCAAUAUUUUGCCAAACUUGAAAAAUUCAUAUUCAGUUGUCUGGGGCAAAUAUAUUUCUGUCUUAGCAAAGUAACUUGUGUAGCUCAUUAACCAAUCUGAACAAAUCCAUGCAAUUUUAAUUUCAAUCCAAUUCUUGAAAACAAGUUGCAUUUUAGAUUUUUUCUUCUAGCCCUUAGCCUGGUUGUGUGAAAGGCAGUCAGAUGUUAAUUUUGUCCAUGAUUUCUCAUGAAGUAAAGGGGAAAUUAGGGCUUAAAUUUCAGGGGUAUUACCCAAGGGUAUGAGUGUAAGUAGUGUAUUUAUAUAGUAAGAUGGUAAAUUGUACAGCUGAAAAGUAGUUUCAUAAAAAGUCAUUGUGUUUCCAAUUCAAUAAUACAUAGGCAAGAUGGAAACAAGCCAUUGUUAACUGAUAUCAAACUAUUUUAAACGUGAACAUUUAUCAGUUCUAACAAACAAUCAAAGGUGGGUUGAUAGUUGGGCAAAGUCACUGCAACAGAAGUCCAUAAGCUUGUGUAUUUCUAAUAUGACUUAUUGUAUUUAUUACUUUAACUUUAGGAAGCAUGGAACAUUAAGAGCCACUGAAAUUAAUAUAUUGAAAUGCUAUCAGUUGGAUAGCAUUUGCAUAUGUUUU